CACCUCCCACUCUUCCCCUGCCCGCCCGCCUGCGCCUCCGUCUCCGGCCGGCUCUCCUCCAUCGCUACGAUUCCCCCAGGGCGAAACCACCAAAAAUCCCAGCGCAGAUCACUCGCCGGCCGCCUGCUCCAUCAGAUCCUCCCAACCGACAGCGUAACAGACCCCGGCUAUCCUCGUCGCUGUCGGCUCUCCUGCUUCACACUACUAGACUAGAGGCGGCCGGCUCUGCCAAACUGCAGGGAGGGAUCCAUCCCGCGGGGCCGGUGAUGAGGUCCAUGGAGAGCACGGACUCGUCGUCCGGCGAGUUGCCACCACCGCAGAAGCAGCCGAGCUCGGCGCCGGAUCUCCCGCCGGGGUUCCGGUUCCAUCCGACGGACGAGGAGCUGGUCGUCCACUACCUCAAGAAGAAGGCUGCGUCCGUGCCUCUACCCGUCGCCAUCAUCGCCGAGGUCGACCUUUACAAGUUCGAUCCGUGGGAGCUACCUGAUAAGGCGACCUUCGGGGAGCAGGAGUGGUACUUCUUCAGCCCGAGGGACCGCAAGUACCCCAACGGAGCGCGGCCGAACAGGGCGGCGACGUCCGGCUACUGGAAGGCGACUGGCACAGACAAGCCCAUCAUGGCGUCCGGCGGCAACCGCGAGAAGGUCGGCGUCAAGAAGGCGCUCGUGUUCUACCGCGGGAAGCCGCCAAAGGGCCUCAAGACCAACUGGAUCAUGCACGAGUACCGCCUCGCGGAUGCGGCGAGCUCAACCACCAGCCGGCCGCCGCCGCCAUGCAACGUCGGAGGAGGCAAGGCCACAUCUCUCAGGCUCGACGACUGGGUGUUAUGCCGCAUCUACAAGAAGAUCAACAAGCUUGGAGCCGGCGAGAGGAGCAUGGACUGCGAGGACUCCGUGGAGGACGCAGUGGCAGCCUACCCGACUCAUGCCGCGGCUGCCAUGGCCGCCGCCGUCGCAGGCGGAGGAAGGGCGGCUCAUCAUAACGGCAAUAGUUACACAUCGCUGAUCCACCACCAUCACGAGGACAACUUCCUGGAUGGAUUCAUGACAGCAGAGGACACAGGCCUCUCAGCGGGCGCCAGCUCCCUGAGCCAGCUAGCCGCGGCGGCGAGGGCAGCUGCUCCAGCUGACACCAAGCAGCUCCUCGUCCCGUCGUCCUCCACCACCCCAUUCAACUGGCUCGACGCGUCCGCACUCGCAAUUCUUCCACCCUCAAAGAGGUUCCAUGGGUACAACAGUGGAGGCACGUCCACUGACGGCGGCGGCACGUCCCUGUCGUCGCCGUCCGAGAGGAAUAAUCUGGCGGCUGCCGGUGCCGUCGAUAGUGGCGCCUGCAGCGGUGGCGCUAAUGCCAUCGUUCCUACAUUCCUCAACCCGCUCGGCGUGCAAGGUGCGACAACCUAUCACCACCACGCCAUUUUCGGCACACCAGUAACGCCGGAAGCUGCCGCGGCCGCCGCCACCACCGCCACAUGCGGUUUCCAGCAUCCCUACCAGCUCUCCGGCGUGAACUGGAACCCGUGAAUCAUCCAUGAUACCGACAUUGCCUAUGGGCAUGAAUUGAUGCAUAUGGCUGGCUUUUAAGGUAGUCAGCAUCGCCAGCAGCUAGUACCAGUUGUUAUAGUAGUAGUCUCAUUCAGUGAACCACAAGGACAAAUAUGCAUGCAUAUUGCUGCAUUGCCUACCACAAGCACGUACUUGUACGGAGCUAAUUAAGCAACCUUGCAACUUGGUAGGCCAAUUUGAAGCAAAAUCUAGCUAGCCAAUACUUACAUAGAUAUGAUAUUAAUUAGUCAUUUAGCCUCUUGCAUCUAUAGAUUGAACCCUGCAUAAAUUAAUUUAGCCUGUAUGCAUGUUCAUGACCACCCCUGUUAUCCCCGCCACAAAACAAAAUUAACUGCUGUGUAUACAUAUUUUACUAUAUAUAGCCAGUUCACAUAGGCAUGUCGUUAACAUGGAAAAUAUAUAAUAUAUAGGUCACGUACUAUACGGUAAUUAUAUUGCAUGCAUGCAUGUUGACAUUUUGUAUGCAUGUAGAUAUUUGUAUGCUUAAAGCUCGAAAAAGAAAGGUAUUUGUAUGCUUGAUGAUCAUGCAUAUGCACACGCAUGGACGAUGUUCAUACUAGCUAGUAGCCUACUACAUACCUACAGAGAAUCUCCUAAUUGAGCCGCAGCUGUGUAUAUCGCUUGCAAUGGGUUGGUUGCUACAUAUAAAAGUUCUAGCCUUCGUCGCCUGUCAUUGUCGCCAUGUAUAGGCACCCUGCAGGGUUGUGUGCACAAUUUUAUAGCUGCAUAUGUAAUCUAUGUUUCGGUUGGAUUAUUGGACUGUAAUGUAUAUACAGAGACGAGUUUAAAAAUGGCUAGACCAUUUGCACUA